AUGAGUUCUGACGCUGAGAUGGCCAUUUUGGGGGAGGCUGUUCCUUACCUCCGAAUGCCUGAAAAGGAGCGCAUGGAGGCCCAGAAUAGGCCUUUUGAUGCCAAGUCCUCAAUCUUCGUGGUAGACCCUAAGGAGUCCUUUGUGAAAGCAACCGUGCAGAGUAGAGAAGGAGGGAAGGUGACAGCCAAGACCGAAGCUGGAGCUACAGUAACUGUGAAAGACGACCAAGUUUUCCCCAUGAACCCUCCCAAAUCUGACAAGAUCAAGGACAUGGUCAUGAUGACCCACCUGCACGAGCCAGCAGUGCUGUACAACCUCAAAGAGCGUUACGCAGCCUGGAUGAUCUACACCUACUGAGGCCUCUUCUGUAUCACCGUCAACCCCUACAAGUGGCUGCCGGUGUACAACCCAGAGGUGGUGGCUGCCUACAGAGGCAAAAA